AUGCACCAGCAAGCUCGUCAAAGUCAAGCUCAGGCUCAAGUUCAAGCUCAAGCUCAGGUCCAGCCUCACGAAGGAGCUAUCGCGUUGAGUUCGAGCACCAGCCAGGCUUCGGCCGCCCUUUGUAGAUCCUCCCUAUCUCCGUCAAGUCUAUUCACCACCCCAACACCGUCGUCUUCUUCAACUACUCAUUUCAAUGCCUCCCUACUGAAUUCUUCGCAUCAGUCACAAAUCCCGAGCCAAACUGCUCAAGCUCAAGCUCAAGCUCAAGCUCGAGGUCAAGCUCAAGACCAGCAAGACUCUCAGCAGCAGUCACAAACGGCCAUUCAACAACACCAUCAACAACAACAGCAGCAGCAACAUCAGCAAUAUAUUCUAUCGUCAUCGGGUUGUUCGCUAAGCUCGUGUCUAGUCGGUUCACUGAUGACCGGGAGCGAAGCUCAGGCUCAAGCUCAAGCUCAGGCCCAAGCCCAAGCUCAAGCUCAGGCCCAAGCUGGGGCUACAACUCAACCAUCGAAUUCGAAUCAACUGAAUCGACAGACUUUCCACAGUAUCCAGAGUAUUCAGUCUCUCCAAAAUCUACACCAACUACAAACCCUGCAACAGAAUCUUCAGGCCCAACAUCAGGCCGCCCAAGCCCAAGCUCAAGCUCAAGCCCAAGCCCAAGCCCAGGCUCAGGCUGAAGCUCAAGCUCAGGCAGCCGCUCUGGUGGCUCAAAAUCUACGAUUAGCUAGUCGAGAUCAACAGCAGCAGCAGCAGGCUCGAGAUCAAGCUCGUGAUCAGCAACAAUCUGGUGAUCGGCAGCAAUCAGGCAGCAGCAAUUCAACUGAUCAGUCGGCAGGCACCGCAUCAGAUUCAGCACUUCAAUCUCAACAGCAGCAGAUGCAGCAACUCAACUACCGUACCCAACAACGUUCUCAGUCGCAUCAACUCGCCGAAAGCCUAAAUAAUUCGUGCCGAAACCUGAAUUUACUCCAAACCCAGUUGGCUCUAACCUCCAGCUCAACUAACAGUAAUAAUAAUAGUAAUAGUAAUACUAAUAAUAACAAUAACAAUAAUAAUAGUAAUGAUAACAGUAAUCUACGGAUUACAUCGCCAAGCAGCCUGUCCACCCCGUUAGCAGUGUCGGCAGUCUCGUCGGUAAUUCGGUCGGCUUCAGCCGCUUCAACUUCAACCUCGACCUCAGGCUCAGCUUCUGGCUUGGGUUUGGGAGCGGCGACCUUAGGGUCGGGUCUACGUCUCGGAUCAGGUUUGGGUUCGAGUUCGGGCUCUGGUUCGGGCUCGGGCUCAAGUGCCGGCUCGACGUCGCAAGCGCAGAUCUUGGCAACGAGUCCAACGCAUCAGCAGCAUCAUCACCAUAAUCAUCAGCAAACAGCGGCGGCAAAUAUUGAUCUGGCGAAUUUUGGCUUUGGGGCAUUUCAGGUGAGCACAAAACUUUCAUUAAUUAAUUAA